UUAGGUUUGCCCAAACACACUUGCAUAUAGAGAGAGAGGGAGCAGCAAACAACAACUCAAGCAAAGUAAAAGAAAAAAACAAAUCAAGACCGGAAAAUGAACACAGACAUCACAGCAUCAGCAAAACCAGAGUACCCGGUAAUAGAUCGAAACCCAGAAUUCACCAAGGUUGUUGGCAACUUCAACACCCUUGAUUACUGUCGUUUCAUCACCCUUACUGGUGUCUCUGUCACUGUUGGCUACCUCUCAGGGAUAAAGCCAGGGAUUAAGGGACCAUCAAUGGUGACAGGAGGAUUGAUUGGUUUAAUGGGUGGUUUUAUGUAUGCUUAUCAGAACUCCGCUGGGAGACUUAUGGGUUUUUUCCCUAAUGAGGGUGAGGUUGCUCGUUACCAGAAACGUGGUUUUAGCAGUUAAAGAUUUCUACUUUUUACAGUUCUUCGAUGGAAUGUGGCAUCUUUGUUAUGUUUUGAAUCGUCUCGAAUGAUGACGAUUAAUAAUAAUUGGAACGUUGGAGGACUUAUUGCAUUUUUAUGCUGUACUUUUGGUAUAUUUUAAUGACAGCUUUGAUUGAUUUAGAGUUCAAA